AUGCCAGCUCUCAGGGUUCCAGCCGAGUUACCGGCCACGAAUUCUAUACCAUCAUUCGAAUAUCUCCAGCGACGAAACCACGUCCUUCAUCGUCGGGCCCACGGCGACGGUCUGAAGGACAAUCUCAUACCAAUCUGCCUUGCAUUCGGCGGCUUCGGCAUCGUGAUCUGUUUGGCUCUCGUACCAGCAUAUCUCAAAGGCCGUAGGGAAAGAAAGAAGAUGGUACCAGUAUGA